CGCCCCCACCCAUGGCCCUGCACUUGGGUCUGGCCAACAGCAGCAGCCCGAGCUGGGGGACUCCCGAGGGCAGCGGAUGGGUGGCCGCCGUCCUGUGUGUCAUCAUCGCCUUGACCGCUGCGGGCAACUCGCUGCUCAUUCUGCUCAUUUGCACACAACCGGCUCUGCGCAGCACUUCCAACUACUUCCUCGUGUCGCUUUUCACGUCGGACCUGCUGGUGGGGCUGGUGGUCAUGCCGCCCGCCAUGCUCAACGAGUUGUACGGCCGCUGGAUGCUGGCACGCAGCCUCUGCUUGCUCUGGGUGGCCUUCGACGUCAUGUGCUGCAGCGCCUCUAUCCUUAACCUGUGUCUCAUCAGCCUGGACCGCUACCUGCUCAUCCUGUCUCCUCUACGGUACAAGGGACGCAUGACCCCGUGCCGGGCCCUGGCCCUCAUCCUGGCCGCCUGGAGCCUGGCCGCCCUGGCUUCCUUCCUGCCCACGCACAUGGGCUGGCACCAGCAGGGCCGCCUGACGCCUCACAACGCCACUGCCGAGGCCUCCUGGGCUGACCUGGCCCCUGGGGGGCAGUGCCGCCUGCUGGCCAGCCUGCCCUUCGUUCUGGUGGCUUCAGGGCUCACCUUCUUCCUACCUUCUGUGGCCAUCUCCUUCACUUACUGUCGGAUCCUGGUGACAGCCCGCAAGCAGGCAGUGCAAGUGGCCUCCCUUGCCACCAACAUGGAGGCCCUGCAGGUGCCAAGGACUUCAAAUCUAACAGCAUCAGCCUCAAGUGAGAACAGACGGUUCGCUGCCAAGCACAGCAGAAAGGCCCUGAAGGCCAGCUUGACCCUGGGCAUUCUUCUGGGCAUGUUCUUUGUGGCAUGGCUACCCUUCUUUGUAGCCAAUGUGAUCCAGACCGUGUGUGACUGCAUUCCCCAAGUCUUCUUCGAUGUCCUCACCUGGCUAGGCUACUGCAACAGCACCAUGAACCCUAUCAUCUACCCGCUCUUUAUGAGGGAUUUCAAGAGGGCCAUGGCCAAGUUUGUGCCCUGUGCCCGCUGGGCCUGGGAUCGAAGGACCAGCCUCAUCUCGCUCUCCUGGCGCAAUUCCCACAGCGGGGCCCCCCAGUUCAUCCCCCCGGUGGGCUUCUCCUUGCAGCACAGGAUGACCCUCCCUGGAGAGGUAGACUCGGGCACCUCGACCCUGCAGGUCACUGAUCAGCCCCGGGAGACCCUGCCUGGCCACUCCCCACCCACAGGCACUGAUGCCGUCAGCCUCUUUGAUACGGACCCUGUGGAACCUGAGCUGAAGCUGUAUCCCCUCAAUGCCCCCAUGGACUGAACCCCCAAGUCGACACCCACUGGGCCUUGCUCUAAGGGGGGACCUGGCCUGGGGGCUGAGUUGGUCAGGGAAGCAAGAUCCCCCAUUCACCAGCCCUUGCCCACAGCAAGGAGGCUGCUGCCUCCUCCCAUCUCAUUUGCGUGCUUUUCCCAGUGGUGGAGAAACAGCUCACGGAGGCAGCCUGCUCUGCCCCAGACGUGUCUGUGAGGGGCCUCGCCAGAGAACAGGUUUUCUCCGGGUGAAGUUGUUGAGUAUAAUCUGUGCUGGAGGGUGGUAUGGAUCGGGAAGUGGGGGUGGGACCUCAGGGAACCUUGGGGCUGAGGAGGAGCCACUAGUGUCUGUCCUCUGAGGCCGUGUGCCCAAGUGGUAAGGGCAGACAAGCCCUGUCCCUGGGAGCUCUUAGUCUUGGGGGGGGGAGGAAGAGACUUAACUCGGGAUGGGAGAGGGGAACCAGUCGUUCCUGACCCAGUUGGACGGGGGAGUCCCCAGUCUAGGAGGAGACAACACAAAGCAGAGCAAGGCUGGCACCUCAAUGUUCUCCACCUCUGUACUUGGUUCAGGAGCAAUGAGGCCCCAACAGAGGGGAUCUGGCUACUGGAAGCCAAGGGGGAGGUGCUUAGGCUGCUGAGUUCCACAGCAAGGAGACCAAGGUCAGUUCUGAAGGGCCAGCAGAGUUUUGGGUGCUAUAUAUGUGUGCGCAUGUAUGCGCAUGUGUGCUUGAGAUCAGUGGGCUUCAUCUGGAUCAAGUAUUAAUGAGGGAAGAGUUUUUGGAAGUGGGUCUUCAGCAUACUUGGCAAGGAGAGGACAGCAUGGGGUGUUGUCUAGAGUACAAGACCAGGAGUCAGAAGACCUGGGUUCAGAUCCUGGUUCCUGCUACUUCUUCACUGCAUGAAGACACUUUUCUCUGAGCCUCAGUUGUUUCAUCUGUAAAAUGGCUAUAAUCAUUACUGGCUCUCCCUACCUCACAGGCCUGUGUUGUGUGGACUGUGCUUUGCCAACUACAAAGAGCCGGAUAAGGUGAGCCAACAUUGCUACUGUACCAUUUCUUGUAGGUGUGAGGUCAGGCUGGAGGUUGGGGUGGACUGGGUGUGGGCUUGUAUGAAAGUGAGGAACAGGGAGGAAAAGGCAACAAGGGCCUAUAGGGGAAGCCCUGGCCUCGCCCUGUAGUAAGCCCUGCUAUGUUGCUCAUUAUUUGUGCCGCUUAGGACAAGUUAGCAGAACCCGAGGGAUCUCACAUCUGUGAAAAGCAGGCCCACUGUCAUGUAGUCUUCUGUGUUCUAAAUUCCCUUCCAGCUCCAACAUCCUAUGUUCGAAAGUCUCUCCUAGCCCUCACAUUCUGUGCUUUAAACUGCCUCCUAGUUCUGACAUUCCAUGUUCUAAGGCUCCUUCAAGUUCUCACAUUCUGUGUCUUAAAAUGCUUCCCACCUCUGACAUCUAAGGUUCUAAGCUCCCUUCUACCUCUGACAUUCUUUGCUCUAAGCCCCCUCUCAGCUCUGAAAUUCUAUGUUCUAAGUUCUCACCCUGUUCUGAUAUUCAAUGUUCUUAGGGCCCUUCCAGCUCUGACAUUCUAUGCUCUAAGCCCCAUCUCAGCUCUGAAGUUCUGUGUUCUAAGUUCUCACCCAGUUCUGAUAGUCUAUGUUCUUAGGGACCCUUCCAAUCUGACAUUCUAUGCUCUAAGCCCCCUCUCAGCUCUGAAGUUCUGUGUUCUAAGUUCUCACCCAGUUUUGAUAUUCUAUGUUUUAAGUCCCUUUUCUCAGUUCUGAAAUUAUAUAUUCUAAGUUCUUACCCAACUCUGACAUUCUGUGUUCUAAGGGCCCUCCCAGCUCUGACAUCCUAUGCUCUAAACCCCAUCUCAGCUCUAAAGUUCUGUGUUCUAUGUUUCCACCCAGUUCUGAUACCCUGUGUUCUAAAGCCUCUCCCAGCUCUGACAUUUGGUUCAAAGCAUCCUCCCAUGUCUGAUAUCCUAUGCUCUAAGGCACCAUCAGUCAUAAGUACCAAUA